CCUCCCUGUUCCCAGGGAAGAGCUUCCAGCAAGCUGAGCUGCUGCUCACUCUGGUCUGUCUUGACCCCCUGCACCGAGGAGGCAGGAUGCAACCCGAAUUUUGGCUGGGGAUCAGCACCCUGGCAGCAGUGCUGAGCACAGCCAUGCUGGAGAAUGGAUUCUGCCGGGCACCAGAUGGCAAGGAUGGCUUCCCUGGAGUCCCUGGCCGUGAUGGGAGGCCAGGGCAGAAGGGUGACAUGGGAGAGCCAGGGAAAUCAGGGCCAAGGACGGGCAUCCAGGGACCCAAAGGGGAUGCAGGUGAACCCGGCCCUCCUGGCAUUCCAGGGGACCGAGGCCUCCCUGGCCUCCCUGGCACCAUUGGGAUGCCAGGGCUGCCAGGGCUCAAGGGGGAGAAGGGGGUACCCGGCAAUACCCUGGAGCAGCCGCGCCCUGCCUUCUCCGCCUCGCGGAGGUCCCCGCCAUCCAUGGGCAGGACGGUGGUGUUCGACAACAUCAUCACCAACGAGGAGAACUCCUACAGCCCCCAGACGGGGCAGUUCACCUGCCGCAUCCCCGGGCUCUACUACUUCGCCUACCAGGUGGUCUCCAGCGGGGACCUGUGCCUGAGCAUCACCAAGAACAGGGAGGACGUCGCCAGCUUCUGCGACAACAACAGCGUCGGCAUCCUGCAGGUGAACUCGGGCAGCAGCGUCCUCAGCCUGGCCCCGGGCGACCAGGUGUCCGUGACCACCAACCCCGCCCUGGGCAGCUCCAUCUACAGCGGCUCCGAGGCAGACAGCGUCUUCAGCGGCUUCAUGCUCUUCCCACAGACAGGAGCUCCUGAUGCAGCCAGCCUCCUUUUCUCCAUGCCCUGGAAGCCACCCUGCCAUGGCCCCUCAGUCCAGCAUUUCUUUCCCUUUGCAUGCUACAGAACCAAAAUGGAGCAGAGAUUCUGGGAGCAGCUCAGUCUGGCCCUCACCCUCCUCCUCCUGCAUGUGGGCUCUGCUGUGAAUGAAGAUAUCCCUCUCAACUCCUAUGGAGUUCCAGGCCUGCCAGGAAUGCCGGGUAUGCCAGGCAAGGAUGGCCGGGAUGGACUGAAGGGAGCCAAAGGGGAGCCAGGUAUCCCAGCUCCUCCUGCAAUGCAAGGGCCCAAGGGCAUGAAAGGGGAACCGGGCAGCCCUGGCUUGCCAGGCAAGAAGGGUCCCGCUGGCCUUCCUGGUCCCGCUGGAGCCCCUGGGGUGAUGGGCCCGCGUGGAGAGCCAGGAAUGCCAGGCAGCUACAAGCAGAAGCACCAGUCAGCGUUCUCAGUGACGAGGCAGACCAAGGAGCACCCCUUGAAGAACGUCCCUGUGAUUUUCAACCACGUCAUCACCAACACCAACCACGACUACAACACCACCACGGGCAAGUUCACCUGCAAAGUCCCCGGGCUCUACUACUUCGUCUUCCACACCUCGCAGACAGCCAACCUCUGCACCAUCCUGCACAAGAACCAGAGGAGGAUGGCCAGCUUCUGUGACCACAAGACCAACACCAUGCAGGUCAGCUCGGGGGGGCUCCUGCUCCACCUGGCUGCUGAGGACCAGGUCUGGCUGGGAGUGAAUGACUACAACGGCAUGGUGGGCAUCGCCAACUCUGACACCAUCUUCUCAGGGUUCCUGCUCUUCCCAGACUAGAGGGUCACCAGAGCCCACCCCAGCACCCUGACUGCUUCAUCCUGCUCCAAACACACUGCUCACUGCCAGGCUGCUGCUGACACUCCCAGUUUCUCUGCUGAGUGGGAAGCCCCAGUGAGGGCAUCACCCCCCAGACACAAUCCCUCAGUGUGGGGACUGAGCAUUGGCAGCUGCUGAACAGGGGGAACAGGCACAUCUGGAUGCAUCUGCACCCAGAGUGAUGGUGCUGAGCCCCCUGUCCCACUGGCACUGCCUUAUAACCCCACCCGAUAACCCGACAUUACCUCAGGGGUCUCUCUGCCUCUCUCCCCUCCCCACCUUGGUUGCCCCAGGUUCAGCCAGGUGUCCCGGGGCUGCAGCAGCCCCUUUGCCAUGACCUGGCUGUGGAAAGUGUCAAUAAAUCCUUCCCCAGUGCACCUGG